AAAAGAAUGGACAGAGGAAAUUGCUCCUCCUUGACUGAAUUCCUUUUCUUGGGAAUAACUACUAAUUCUGGGAUCAAAAGGACUCUAUUCACCAUCCUUUUAGUUGUUUAUCUCAUUAAUAUUCUGGAAAAUAUUGGAAUGAUCAUUUUAAUUAGAAUGGAUUCCCAGCUUCAUACACCAAUGUACUUUUUCCUCAGUCACCUUGCCUUUUGUGACCUCUGCUACUCCACAGCAAUUGGGCCCAAGAUGCUGGUGGAUCUCUUUGCCAAGAGCAAAUCAAUUCCCUUUUUUGGCUGUGCUCUGCAAUUCUUCAUCUUCUGUAUUUUUUCAGAUUCUGAGUGUCUGCUGUUGGCAGUGAUGGCCUUUGAUAGGUACAAGGCUAUUAGCAACACUUUGCUCUAUACAGUCAACAUGUCCAGAGGGGUGUGCUCCAUGCUCAUGGCUGGGGUUUACCUUGUGGGAGUAAUGGAUGCUCUGACACAUACAACAUUAACAUUCCACUUAUGUUUCUGUGGGUCAAAUGAGAUUAAUCAUUUCUUCUGUGAUUUACCUCCCCUUUACCUCCUUUCAUGUUCUGAUAUACAUGUCAAUGAACUGGUAUUAUUCACCAUUUUUGGCUUCAUUGAAUUGAGUACCAUUUCUGGAGUUCUAGUGUCUUAUUGCUAUAUCAUCCUAUCAGUUUUAAAGAUCCCUUCUGUUGAGGGGAGAUUCAAAGCUGUCUCCACCUGCACAUCCCACUUGACUGCUGUUGCAAUUUUCCAGGGAACUAUGCUGUUCAUGUAUUUCAGGCCCAGUUCUUCCUAUUCCUUAGAUCAAGACAAAAUGACCUCACUUUUCUAUACUCUUGUGAUUCCCAUGUUAAAUCCUCUGAUUUAUAGCCUGCGGAACAAAGAUGUGAAAGAGGCUUUGAAAAGACUGAAAAAUAAAAGGUUGUAUUAA